UUACCUCUUGCACUCUUUAGGGACUUGUCUCGGUCGGCCGAGGAAGGAGAUAGGCAGGUCAAGUCGUGCUUGCCGCCUUGGAGCAUACCUACUCUAUUCUCUGCCUGCCUUCUCAAGUUCUUGCCUGCCUUACCUACCUUACCUUACCUUACCCACCCACCUAACUUUCACACUCCUUUACCUUCCAAUCCGUCAUCUCUUCCAUCACUUGCUCACCUUCUCUAGUUUUGUACUCCCCCAUAUCUAAAUCUCCGCCGCCCUGAUCCGGGUUCUACGCGGCUUACGAUCCUUUCUGGUUCCCUCCCACACUCUUUUAACCUAACAACAAUCCAUAGACAGUCCAUAUGUUCCGGGGUACUGUAUAUUUGCUCCGCCAUGUCACCCCGGAAACAUGGGACGGGUGCACAUAAGAAAGCACAACAGUUGGAGAUCGGGGCUGGUACACGUCUUCACCUAGGCUCUCGAUGUCUUCGGGGCACUUCUAACAGCAUCUUAGGAACCCCUCCAGCCUCCCAACCGCUAACCCCUGACAUCCAGAGAGAUGCCUUCGACAGGCUGGCAAGUGCACUUCUAGACAGUCCAACCCCGGAAAAGCGCCAUCCCAAUGGUCUCGCAUCGCAUCCGACCAACUAUGCUGCUCGCGCAUCAUCGAGGAUGCUCGUCAAGUCGGAGUCGUGCCUAGUGCCCCGCGGUCUUAAUGAGCCCCUGCACAGUGACAAGCACCUGCGGGUCCUGCGUAGUUUCUCGAGUCAAGAUCCAUUCGAUCCCCGAAGUGCAGAGAGCCGUCGUCCCUUCCCCGGGUGUCCCCCCCAGACGUUCUUUCAUCCCACUCGAGGCCAAGUUCAUCCCCCCGUUCAUUCAAGCGAAAGUGGCCCAUUAGACUCGAUACCUACACCUCACUUGGACUUGCAGGAGCCCCAGUUCAACGAACGGGGUCCCAACCAGCCACCAAAGCGACGCUCCCAACGUCGCGGCUUACCAGGUCGCCUGCCGACGUCCAGCACAGCACCUCUCCAUGGGGCCAGUGGUGCUCAAAUCAUGAACAGUGUCACUAACCAGCGCGAUGCCCAACAAAAGCUAAGGGGCAUGCUUUCUGAACGGGGCAGGAUGGCGGCUUCCAAUUCCUCAAAGGAACCGUUUACUCCACGGCGCUCUAGAGUCGCGCGAUUGUCCCAGCGGAUCUCAACAAAGGUUUCUGAUGUCUGGAGCCGUAUUCAAGGCAAAGGAUCGGAACCGGCCACUAAUAUACUCAAGAUAUCCGCACCUAUGGAGCUACAGGGGGGUUACACGGGUUUACCGCAUCCUUUUCGAAACCUUCACGUCCCGCAAUAUUUCCCUGAUGCAAUAACAGACGCACACUCUCCUGUAGCUACAGUAGACUUGUCUGACAGAAUUCCCAUUCCGUCGUCCACUAAGCCUCUGGCGACUGGUUGGCCUCCUAGUCCCAACCCGAUCCAGCUCGCUUUCAACGGUGAAGUCGUUUUGCCAGCUGCAGAGUCGAAUCCCUUUGAGAACACCACGGAAUUCGAUGAUGACCUUGAGGGAGUCUUACCAGAACUCCCGCUUGCUGCAUCGACCCCGCGCCUCCGCCGCAAAAAAGCCUUUCGAUUUGAUGAAAGCCCACCUAUAAAGCGCAUAAAACUAGGCACGAGCCCUGCCAUGGCCCCGCCGAGAGAGUCUAGCAGUUCGACUAAACACGAACGUGUGGUCGGGUCUAAGCUCGCCCGCUCUUCUCGGUCUCUGAAUAUUACUCCGCCUAUUCAGCUACGCCCAGGAGAUCCAGAGGUUUUAACCAAGAAGCACCCGUCGCCCAGCAAGUCAGACCUAGAUGGCAUGGCUUUUCGGCUGCGGGAACUGGGCUUUCGCCGAAGAGAAGAUGAUCUAGACGAGCUUGCUCGCCCCAUGCCCCGGCCUUGGUCCUCUCGCGAGACACUGGCUCCCCGGGACAAAAAUCAGCCAAUUAGACGCCUAGGAGGCAAGACCGAAGAGGGCGAAGAGAGCCUGACUCCUGUGUCGACCCGCAAGACACGGAUUCCUUGCCCACAUGGAUCAACGCGCUCAGAUCCUCGUCUUGGUCUCGUCAACCACCCCCAGGAUCCUAAGGCAUGCGAGGUUGAUGAACUAGCCCUAUUUUAACACUGGGUUUAACUUCUUCCCAUCGGGUGGAGGCGUGU